GAAAAUCGCUCUCAAGAGGCCAGGGUUGUUCGGUCAGAUAUAAAAUCGAAACACGUCCUUCAUUUUCGGCAGAUUACGCCGCACCCGAAUGAUCUUCACUUUCCGCCAUGAUCGAUGAUGAUGUGAAGAAAGAUCAUAACUCUGAGCAGAUUCCUGAUUUGGAUUUUCAGAAAUUGGAAGUCGUAACGGCGCUCGGUCGAGGAGCGAAAGGAGUUGUGUUCUUGGCUCGAAAUGCGAACGAUGACGACGGCGAUGGCGAAUGGCUGGCGUUGAAGGUGAUUUCUAGAGAUUUGAUCGAGAGGAAGGCUAAGAUUGUGAAUAGCGAUGCCGAUGAGUAUCGCAGAGUUUGCUUUGAACGAGAAGUUUUACGUCAGUUUCGGCAUCCGCUUUUGCCUCGAUUGCGAGGAGUUUUGGAUACGAAGAAAGUUGUUGGUUACGCCAUUGAUUAUUGCAAUGGACGAGAUCUUAAUACUCUCAGGAAGAAACAGACCGAGAAAAUGUUCUCCGAUGACGUUAUUAGAUUCUACGCGGCGGAAUUAGUUAUGGCGUUGGAGUAUGUACACAGCCUAGGAAUAGUUUACAGAGAUUUAAAGCCGGACAACGUUAUGGUUCAACAUAACGGCCACAUAAUGCUUGUAGAUUUUGAUCUGUCCACGAGGCUCUCUCAGAAAUCUCCUAAAUCGUCUCCGUUAUUGUUGCCGUCGGUGGAGGUUUUGACGGAAUCUAGAUCGACGAUUAAGAAAAAAAGCAAGAAGAAAAGAUUCUUUCAUUUUCACCGAUUCUGCAACUCCGGCGUGUCGCCGGAAGAUUCAGACCAACAGACGGCCAAUAAGCCAAAAUCUCCGCCAGAUUCGUCGGAAUCCGACUCAUCGGAGAAGUCGAACUCGUUCGUCGGAACAGAGGAGUACGUGGCGCCGGAGAUAGUCUCCGGGAAGGGGCAUGACUUCGCCGUGGACUGGUGGUCGCUCGGAGUAGUUCUGUACGAGAUGCUAUACGGAACGACGCCGUUUAGAGGAUCAAAUCGGAAAGAAACGUUCUACCGAAUACUGACAAAGACGCCGGAUCUCAGCGGCGAAGUAACACCGUUAAGGGAUUUGAUAAGGAAAUUGCUGGAGAAAGAUCCAACGAGGAGGAUCGAACUGGAGGAAAUCAAGAGCCACAAUUUCUUUAAAGGAACUGACUGGGAUUUGGUCCUGGAAAUUCCCCGGCCGCCGUCGCUGCCGGCAAUAGCGACGGAGGACACAGAUGGAAAUAACUUAAUAGAUGUUGAGUCUUUCGUCCAAGAUAUAUUUUGCAGCGAAACGGAGAAGAAGAAUCGUACGAACGGCGAUGAAGGGAACGGGUUUAUUCCCACUAAUUACACGGAGUCUGACAGAUUUCAUGUAUUCUGACCAUUUUUUAUUUUUAUAUAUAAAAACUUUAAUAUUCUUCCCACAAAUCACAAGAUUGGCU